CCAUCUAUAUUCUUGAUAUUGCUCACUCAAAUAUUACUUUGUAUAAAACAAUCUAUAAAAGAUGAAAAUAAUGCUAUUUAGUUGUGUUCUGUUAUAGCAAACGCAACUCUUCAACUUAACCCUUAGCGAGUUUAAUUUGCAUGCUUACCCUUUAGAUCUUGAACAAGCUAGCACCAUUAUUAAUGGCACAUUGGCUCAAUAAUUCACCAUAAGUCCAUAACUCCAUAAUUAAAUCAAAAUUAAUAUUUCUAAUCCAAAUAUAGAUAAACUAUUUUAAUAGUGCAGAUCGACCGAACGACACUAUAGUGAGUGAGCUCAGUGAGUGAGUGAGUGUAGUGAUUAAUUAAGCAUUAAAUUAAGAGUGGACGUGGACCAACCAAAUUCAAUAUCCACCGACACCCAAUUUUACUAAAUUACGCCCUUCUUCACGCUUCCCCUCAUUCCGCCACGUGUCCUCUCUUCUCCUCAACAUCAACAAACUCGCGUCUCUCUCUGUUUAUAUAAUCUCACUGCUUGAGUUCCAUUUCUCCCAGAAUUCCAGAGAUUAAUUCAUUUCUUUUCUCUUCAAAUUCUCUCUCCUAACUUUCUUCAAUUCGUAAAAAUGGAGUGGUUUUUUUACCUGGUUUUUGGAUCCCUUGCUGCUGUUGUCGCAGCAAUUGAGCUAAGCAAGAACAAUAAAGAUCGUAUCCAUACUUCUUCCGCUUUCAAUGCCUUCAAAAAUAAUUAUGUUCUUGUUUAUUCUCUUAUGAUGGCUGGCGACUGGUUGCAGGGUCCUUAUGUAUACUACCUAUAUAGUACUUAUGGUUUUGGGAAAGGGGACAUUGGACAGCUAUUUAUUGCUGGGUUUGGAUCCUCCAUGUUAUUUGGGACUAUUGUCGGAUCUCUGGCUGACAAACAGGGCCGGAAGAGGGCAUGUGUGACUUAUUGCAUAACCUACAUCUUGAGUUGCAUCACCAAACAUUCUCCUCAAUACAAAGUCUUGAUGCUGGGCCGAAUACUAGGAGGCAUUGCCACAUCACUGCUAUUCUCUGCAUUCGAGUCAUGGCUUGUUGCAGAGCACAACAAGAGGGGCUUUGAACAACAAUGGCUCUCUGUAACUUUCUCAAAAGCAAUUUUUCUUGGAAACGGUCUUGUCGCUAUUCUUUCUGGCUUGUUUGGAAAUUUAUUGGUGGAUACAUUCGGGCUUGGGCCUGUAGCGCCCUUUGAUGCUGCAGCAUGUCUUCUUGCUAUAGGCAUGGCCAUCAUUUUAUCAUCAUGGACUGAGAACUAUGGAGACCCUUCAGAGAAUAAGGACUUGCUUGCACAAUUCAAGGGUGCUGCAAUAGCUAUUGCUUCGGAUGAGAAAAUAGCUUUACUUGGAGCCAUUCAGUCAUUGUUUGAGGGUUCUAUGUAUACCUUUGUAUUCCUCUGGACCCCUGCAUUGAGCCCAAAUGAUGAGGAAAUUCCACAUGGGUUUAUAUUUGCAACUUUCAUGCUGGCUUCAAUGUUGGGAAGCUCCAUUGCAUCUCGGCUUUUGGCUCGUUCAUCUCCUAGAGUUGAGAGCUAUAUGCAAGUGGUUUUCUCCAUCUCUGCUGUCUCUCUCUUGCUACCAAUUGUGACAAAUUUCCUUGUAGAGCCGUCAAAGGUGAGGGGUGGUGGCAUCAGUUUUUCAGGUUGUAUCCAGGUUCUCGGCUUCUGUGCUUUUGAAGCAUGUGUGGGAAUAUUUUGGCCAUCUAUCAUGAAGAUGAGAUCCCAGUAUAUUCCAGAGGAAGCUAGGAGUACUAUCAUGAACUUCUUCCGCAUUCCACUUAAUAUCUUUGUCUGCGUUGUUCUAUAUAACGUCAAUGCAUUUCCCAUCACUGUCAUGUUUGGCAUGUGCUCAAUCUUCCUCUUCGUGGCCUCUAUAUUGCAGAGGCGACUCAUGGUGAUUUCUGAAAAACCUAAGACAGAAUAUGGACUCAAGGAAAGAGAUACUGAAGCUGAGCCAUUGAGCAUCUAAGCUUGAGAAGUAAUAGGCGCGAAAGAUUGAUAUAAAACCCAUGAAAAGCGUCAUGAUAGAGUCAAUACAGCUACAUCUCAGAAGCAUAUUGAUGUUUAAAUGGUGAUCAUUCUUAUAAGAAUUAGUUUUGCUGCUCCAAACUCGAGUAAGAAUACACGGAAAUACAAGGUACUUCAGUACUGCAGAAGUAGUAUGUAGUUUUGAGUCUGCAUAGCUGUUCACUAAUGCAUUAGGUGGCGAUUUUUUUUACCCUAUAACCUCCCGUCCUCUCCUAUCCAAGAGUUCAGAGGAUGGUGAGUCCGUGAGUAUAUGCCAAUUUUUUCUUUAGGCUCCACAUUAUUUGUUAUGCAAUUGAACAGUUGAUCAUAUAAUGUAUUUUUGUCCCUUGAUUUUUUUGGAGAAUUUUUUUUUUCCUCUUAAUAUUGAAUUGAUUUUGUAAGCAAUUUCUUUUGCAAAACAAUUAGAGCAAGUGAUUAUGAGAUUGUUAUCACAAUUUAUUUGAGAGCAAUCGAGAAGUUUCAUAUCCAA